AUGAACAAGACUGGCUGUCUGAUCCCAGCUGAGCAGCAGCUUCCCUGUGGCCCCUCUAAGCUCUCUCCAGCGCUGUGCCGGGCUAGAGGCUGCUGCAUGAACCCCAAAACCCGCCGCUGCUUCUACCCUCUAGAGACCUGUAUUGGAUUCAAAAUCUCUCUCUCCUCAGUGUGCACGGCAGACGAGCAGUUUGUGUUUGCUGUUUACCGCAAGUCUUUCAAUCCUGAGGUCAACCCUGCCAGUCUGGCGCUCGCUGGGGACCAGUCCUGCCUCCCAGUUCUCUGCACUCCAGACUAUGCCAUCUUCAAAUUCCCAGUCACUGGCUGUGGGACCCGAACUUUUGUUGUGGGGGAGACUAGAGUGUACCUGGCUGAGGUGCAGAGCUUGAUCCAACGCAGACAGUGGACCUACGGGCUCAUAACCAGCGACAGUCCCUUUAGUCUCCUUGUGGAAUGUCGUUAUUCUAAAGGGAACGUGGCCAGCACUGGGUUCCUGGUGAAGACCCCCACAGCCCUCCGCCCUGCCCCUCACCUGGGGGUGUUUCAGGUGCAGUUACAGAUUGCUAAAGAUGGGACUUUCUCCCAGUUCUACCCCUCCUCCAGCCUGCCUGUGAGUCUCCUCCUGGGGAGCAGAGUUUACCUUGAGCUGCGUCUGAUCAACCCCACUGACCCCAGCCUGGUUCUGCUGGUGCACUACUGCAUUGCUUACCCACGCUCCUCCAGUGCUGUGUGGGUGCUGCUGUACCAGGGUUGUCCCAAUGUCCUGGAUUACGGCAGCUCUGCUUCACUGCACGUCGACGGCCAGCCCCCCCCACUCCCACUCCAAAUUCAGACGACGCUUCAGUCUCCGGACAUUCCAGUUCCUGAGCAGUGGGCUAGCCCUGGACGAGGAGAUCUCCUUCAUGUGCUCCACUGAAGUCUGUUCUCCAGACCAGCGCGUCUGCAAUGAGGGUUGCUUUGAUGGGAGAGAUACUCCCAUCUCGAUAGACCCCAGUAUGAGACUGCGCUGGUAAUCCCUGCCCGGGGAGGGUGCUGCUGGAGGGAGGCUAGUGAAGGAGCUCAGAGCCCAGGCAGGAAACGCAGCCCUAAGACUACAGUAACCAUUUCAAAUAAAGAGAACAAACCCA